AUGUUUAGUCUGAUUUCAUCGCGAGUUACGAUCAACACUGCUCAGGCCUUCAGGCGUCCCCCUGUCCCACCAUCGAUCUCGAAAUAUUUCCCAUCUAAUAGCAUAGCACGCCGGAGUUUGCUCACGCUUGCUAUUGAAAGCUCCUGUGAUGACACCUCCGUCGCAAUUGUCGAGAAAGACACCUCCCACAACCUCCCCGGCAGCUCCGGCCAUUCUGGAUACGCACCCGCGAAGGUACAUUUUCUUCAGAAGGUGACCGCCGAUACACGAAAAUACCGAGGCAUCCACCCUAUUGAAGCACUGCAAUCGCACCAAGAAAACUUAGCAAAACUAGUUCAGAAGGCGCUAUGUUCUCUUCCACUGAAUGGAGGAAGCUCUUCGAUGAACGAUGAUGUUACCACACCGCGCGUGUGGGUUAAUAAUAUGCAAAGCUCUACGCGACACCGCCUGCCUGACUUCGUUUCCGUGACAAGGGGCCCCGGCAUGCGCUCCAAUCUGUCGGUCGGAUUAGAUACCGCGAAGGGCUUGGCAGUUGCGUGGCAGAUCCCUCUGGUAGGGGUACAUCAUAUGCAAGCACAUCUCUUAACGCCUCGAUUAGUCUCAGCUCUGAACGAUACCGCACCCGACAAUACUCCGCAGCCCGAUUUCCCUUUUCUUUCCAUACUUGCUUCAGGGGGCCAUUCCAUGUUGGUCCAUUCUAAGUCGCUGCUUGAUCAUGAGGCUCUUGCCACAACCGUUGACAUCGCCAUUGGUGAGACUCUUGACAAGUCAGCUAGGCUCAUACUCCCAGAGUCUGUCAUGGAGUCAGCCAAUACAACUAUGUAUGGCAAACUGUUGGAACAGUUUGCGUUUCCCAGCGGACCCACGGAUUAUGCUGACUAUCAGCCAUUGAGGACUCGUGGGGAAGAGACUGUCAAACGUGACAAUGCCGAUUGGGGAUGGUCAUUCACCACACCAUUUGCUAACACCAAGGAUUUGAAAUUUAGCUUCUCGUGUGUCGCUAGCACAGUGGGCAAAAUUAUGUCAGACAAGGAGAAGAAAAACGUUCAAAUAACUGAAGACGAAAGAAUUGCUCUUGCACGGGAGUCGAUGCGUGUUUGCUUUGAGCACUUGGCAUCUAGGACUAUCAUCGCACUGGAGCUAUUACGAAAACGGUAUGCCUUUAGUGGGGGCAAUGAACAGGUCAAAACUCUAGUGGUUAGUGGUGGAGUUGCCGCUAAUCAGUUUCUCAUGAAAGUCCUAAGGGAUUUCUUGGAUGUGCGCGGAUUUGAAGAUGUCCAGGUUAUUGCGCCGCCUCCUUACCUGUGCACUGAUAACGCGGCCAUGAUUGGUUGGGCUGGCAUUGAAAUGUUUGAAGCAGGCUGGUCUACAGAUUUAAGCUGCAAAGCCGUGAGGAGGUGGACUCUUGAUCCGAACGCUGAUGAUGGUGGUAUCUUAGGACCUGAUUGUUGGAUCCGAGGAGAAAAUAGCAAGUCAUAG